UAUUUCCCAAGGCGACUAAAAUCAGUGAAAGGUGACAAGUGUGAGCACCCCAAGACAUUCUCUAUGGGGAUGCCACCUCCUCCUUCCUCAAACACAGGCGCCAUCAGCACCCUGACCCGAGAUUUCCUUCUUGGGCCGGGGAGCGUGGUCCGCCAGUCCUGGGUACCACUGGCUCUGGGAUGCCCUUCUGAGAGAACUUUCUGGAGCAGGUGUGUGUGUCCCGUCGACACCUGUGCUUGUGGAAGAAGGGACGAGUUGUGCAACGUAACUGCAGGUGCACAGCUAAUUCGCGGCCACUUUGGAGCGUCUGGUCCUCCCGGGGAUCUCCCGCCCGAUAGCUUAGCUCAUCCUCUGCCCCCUUCGCUGCAGGAAAACUAAUCGACCCGGCGCCUCCCGAGGUCCGGACCUGGGGACCGGGUGGGACUGGGCAGGCAAGGACACCAGGAUGCCUUUCUGGGUCUCAGGACGUGAGCUGCAGUUCCGGGACCAGCGGAGUGGCGAGUGCCCAGCUCGUGCCAUCUCGCUGGAGGCGGUCACGUGCGGGCCACAACGGCGCGCUUCGCCCGGGCCGGGCCAGCAGAACGGAUCCCGGGACUCAGCGGAUUCCGCACCGCUCAGUCCAGACGCCGAGCAUUUUCAUUUAGACCCUUGGAUGCCCACUGGACAGACACUUGGAACUUCAGAUCACAUUCGUGUUGUAGCAGAUUCCCCAGCAUUUUCUUUGUGUGGGAAGGAGAUAGCCCAGGUGCUGUGGAGAUGAACGGGGAACAGCAGCUUGAUGCAGAUGCUGGGUCUGGUGUAGAGGAAGUGGAAUUAAGCUGGGAAGAUUAUCUAGAAGAGACGGGAUCUACUGCAAUUCCCUAUGCAUCAUUUAAGCAUGUGGACAUACGUUUGCAAAAUGGAUUUGUUCCUGGAAUGAAACUGGAGCUGGCUGUGAGAUCAGACCCUGAAACCUACUGGGUUGCCACCGUCAUCACCGCCUGUGAGCAGUUGCUCCUGCUCCGCUACGAGGGCUAUGGGGAGGACCGAAGAGCAGACUUCUGGUGUGACAUCAGGAAGGCUGGCCUCUACCCCAUUGGGUGGUGUCAGCAGAACAAGAAGACCCUUGAAGCUCCAGAAGGCAUCAGAGAUAAAGUGUCUGAUUGGGAUGCAUUUCUGCGGCAGACUCUGACAGGGGCAUGUAGUCCUCCUGUGUCUCUGCUAGAGGGCCUCCGCAGUGGAAGGAAUCCUUUGGAUCUCAUUGCUCCAGGAUCCAGACUAGAAUGCCAAGAUUUUCGGGAUUCUUUAAGCACUUGGAUUGUUACUGUAGUGGAAAACAUAGGGGGAAGGCUGAAGCUGUGCUAUGAAGGACUUGAAAGUUCUGACAGUUUUGAACAUUGGUUGUAUUACUUGGAUCCGUUUCUUCAUCACAUUGGUUGGGCUGAUCAGCAGGGAUAUGAGCUUCAACCUCCACCAGCCAUCAGACAUCUGAAGAAUGAAGCUGAAUGGCAAGAGGUUUUGGCCAGAAUGAAAGAAGAGGAGGAAGAGCCGUUACCAUCUUACUUAUUUAAGGAUAAGCAAGUUAUUGGAAUCCAUACCUUUUCUGUAAAUAUGAAAUUGGAAGCUGUGGACCCAUGGUCUCCUUUUGGGAUCUCUCCUGCUACAGUUGUUAAGGUUUUUGAUGAGAGGUACUUUCUGGUGGAAAUGGAUGACCUUCGGCCAGAAGACCAUACACGGCGAUCAUUUGUAUGCCAUGCCAGUAGUCCUGGUAUCUUUCCUGUGCAGUGGAGUCUGAAGAAUGGUCUGCAUAUCAACCCACCUCCAGGCUACCGGAGCCAGGACUUUGACUGGGCUGACUACCUCAAACAGUGUGGUGCUGAAGCUGCUCCCCAAAAGUGCUUUCCUCCGUCAAUUUCUGAGCACGAGUUUAAGGAGAACAUGAAGCUGGAGGCAGUAAAUCCUCUGCUCCCUGAAGAGGUGUGCAUUGCCACCAUUACUGCAGUGAGAGGCUCCUACUUGUGGCUCCAGCUUGAGGGUUCUAAGAAGCCUAUACCCGAAUUUAUUGUAAGUGUGGAUUCAAUGGAUAUAUUUCCUUUGGGCUGGUGUGAAACCAAUGGCUAUCCUCUUGGUAUGCCUCGCCGGGCUCGAGUACAUAAACAGAGAAAAAUUGCAGUUGUUCAACCAGAAAAACAAGUACUAUCCUCAAGAACUGUCCGCGAGGGCCUGAAGAAUCAGGAGCUGAACUCCACAAACUCAGUGAUGUUUAAUGGAAAAUACUGCUGUCCAAAGAUAUACUUCAACCACCGCUGCUUCUCAGGGCCCUAUCUUAACAAGGGACGAAUUGCUGAGCUGCCUCAGUGUGUAGGACCUGGGAACUGUGUUCUGGUCCUUAGAGAGGUCCUCACUUUACUUAUCAAUGCAGCCUAUAAACCCAGCCGUGUCCUUCGUGAGCUGCAACUGGACAAAGAUUCUGUAUGGCAUGGAUGCGGGGAAGUCCUAAAGGCCAAAUAUAAAGGGAAGAGUUAUCGAGCUACUGUUGAGAUAGUGAAAACAGCAGAUCGGGUGACUGAAUUCUGCCGGCAAACGUGUAUCAAACUGGAAUGUUGUCCUAACCUCUUUGGUCCACAGAUGGUUCUGGAUACUUGUUCUGAGAACUGCUCGGUACUUACAAAGACCAAAUACACACACUAUUAUGGAAAGAAGAAAAACAAAAGAAUUGGGAGGCCACCUGGUGGCCAUAGUAAUUUAGCUUGUGCCCUGAAAAAAGCCAGUAAGAGGAGAAAAAGGCGGAAAAAUAUUUUUGUUCAUAAGAAGAAACGUUCCUCUGCGUCUGUUGAUAAUACUCCAGUGGGCUCACCCCAGGGAAGUGGAGGUGAAGAUGAGGAUGAUGCAGAUGAUGGAGAUGAUGAUUCCCUAAGUGAGGGUAGUACAUCUGAGCAACAGGAUGAGUUACAGGAAGAGUCAGAAAUGUCAGAAAAAAAGUCAUGUUCCUCUUCUCCGACCCAAAGUGAGGUGUCCACCUCAGUCCCCCCAGAUACACAAAGGAGAAAAAGAGAGCUUCGCACUUUUUCAUUUUCUGAUGAUGAAAAUAAACCUCCUUCACCAAAGGAAAUAAGGAUUGAAGUUGAUGAAAGGCUUCACCUGGACAGUAACCCGCUGAAGUGGAGUGUGGCAGAUGUCGUGCGGUUCAUUAGAUCUACUGACUGUGCACCAUUAGCGAGAAUAUUCCUAGACCAGGAAAUCGAUGGGCAGGCCCUUUUGCUCCUUACCCUUCCCACUGUUCAGGAGUGCAUGGACUUAAAGCUGGGCCCUGCCAUCAAGCUUUGCCAUCACAUAGAGAGGAUCAAGUUUGCUUUUUAUGAGCAGUUUGCCAACUGAAAAGGACAGUCAAAGUGAGCCGGAUCUUUGAAGCACAAAUGCAGCGAAUCCUUCAUCCAGCUCUAGAGGUGGCUGAAAUAGUUCUGGGGCUGCAGGCCCUGCAAGUGUUGGCUUGCUCUCUUUGCACUUUCAGGGAAGGAGGACCCACACUGAAGAAACAAAAGUGGCACAGAAGUGACUCUCCUGCUGUGGAAAUGUGGACUUCUCUUGUUCAGAAGAUUUCAGUUUAAAAAAAAAAAA